AUGUUAUAUGGUUUCAGGUUAUCGACCACUAAAGGUCCUCUUUUCCUAUGGGAUACUUGUGGGGUAUUCAUUGGUAUAAGUGCUGCUAGGGCAGGCAUUACUGGGGUAGGCAUUACUGGGACAAACAUUACUGGGACAGGAUUAUUGAGACAGUUGUUACUGAUAGAAUUUCACUUGAUAGAGGAUGGCAGGCAUAAUUUCAAAGGUCUAGUUGGGAUUGGAUCCUUCAUUAGUUGGCAUGGGUACUAUUUUCCUAUAGUGACUGGGUCUUUGAGUAGUAUAAGAUUACUGAUGGAUGGCAAAUGCA